AUGGCGGUCCCGUUGCUAACGAAGAAGGUGGUGAAGAAGAGGUCUGCCAAAUUCAUCAGACCCCAGAGUGAUCGCAGAAUCACCGUCAAGGAAAGCUGGAGGAGGCCCAAGGGUAUUGAUUCACGAGUGAGGAGAAAGUUCAAAGGUGUCACCUUGAUGCCCAAUGUUGGUUACGGAACUGACAAGAAGACCCGUCACUAUCUCCCUAACGGAUUCAAGAAGUUCGUUGUUCACAACUCUGCUGAUCUUGAGUUACUCAUGAUGCACAACAGGACUUACUGUGCAGAGAUAGCUCAUAACGUAUCAACAAAGAAGAGGAAAGCGAUUGUGGAGAGAGCUUCUCAGCUUGACAUUGUCGUUACCAACAGACUUGCUAGGUUGCGUAGCCAGGAAGACGAGUAAUCAAAACCUUAGAAGACAUUCUAUUCAGUUUCUCUUAUCUGUUAUUGACAAUUUCCCUGUUUAUUGUUACCGUUUUUGCGUAUUGAAGAGUGACUCAAUGUUUUUAGUGGUUUAUGGUAUUAAUGAUUAUCAGUUUAGAAUCUUUUCUGACAUUUGAUACAAUUUCAGAUUUUCAGCGAAAGUAUAUACAUCACGAAAUUGUAAACCUUUGUUGGCUCUAUGUAUAUGAUAACUUUCAAACCAUAGUUGAAGUUUACUUGUAAAUAUAGUAUUAGAAACC